UAUGUCUAAAAAGGUCAAACAAUUAGCAGAAGUAAUUGCUUUACAAGAAAAAACAAUUGGAAAACUUUAAAAAAUAAUAGAAAACAAAAAAUCUAAAUAAAUUGGAAGUAGAAAGAAUCAAAGCAUUAAAUUAGAUUAAAAAUAUUUAGUUGGGUAUUUCAGCUGAAUUUAUUGUCAGUACAAAUGCAAAACCUCCUAGACUUGAUUUUAAUGAAACUAAUAGAUCCUAUAGAUGCCGACCUUCAAUUUCUCAGACCCAUAAUUAAUUGAGUUAAAUUUCAACAGACUAUAUUCAAGAUAUUUAAUCUCUUCGAGGAAAAAUUGAGGGACUCCAAAAGGAAAAAUAGGAUAGAUCUCUAUUCUUUCAAGAUAAAGAAAAUUGGAAUAAUAAUAAUAAUUAUUAAAAAAUUGAGACUCUUGAAAAAUAAAUAAAAGACAGAGAAUCUACUAUAAAUGUAUUAUAAGAAUAGUUAGUUUAGGAAAAGUAACUUAGAUAAUAAGUAUUUAUAUAAUUAUUAUGUAUUUUUAGACUCAAUAAGAUUUAAAAUAAUAAAGAACUAUUUGGAAUAAAAUGUAUUCUGAAUUAUCUAAUGAAAUAAAAACUUUAAAAACAGAACUUAGAGCAUUUUCAUCUUAACCUAAAAAACGAUCAAAUUAACUAUUCUUUUCAUGA